AUGUCGAACAACCCCAGCUCAGUCCGACCGCCAGAGCCAGCAAUGAUGCUCCCGUCCGAAAUCCUCCACAACUCAGUCGAGCUGCCUCACAAGCCUGGAGCCCAGAUCCAUUACUCCAUCGCACGACCCGAUGAGAUCGACACUUCGCCUGUUCUCGUGGUCUUUCUGAAUGGCUUGAUGUCAGACAAAGCGACCUGGCUGCCAGUCAUGGCAGGGGUAAUCCGACAGCAGAAGGCCGCCGCGACCCCAUUCUCUAGCUGGCCCACAAUGCUCGCUUACGAUAGGUAUGGUCAGGGAUUGACCAGCGAUACUGAUCCAAAGGACAAAGGACAGGAACAGGGCAGAGGGCACGACGUCAAGGACGCUGCGAUGGAUCUGCACUACCUUAUCAAUGAGGUGAACAUGCAAUCGAAGCCAAAGAUUGUGCUAGUCGCCAACUCCAUCGGGUGUGCGAUUGCAAGAUUGUUUGCACACGAGCAUUCUGUUGCUGCUAUAUUGAUGUUGGAUUCAAUCGUUGCUAAUUCUGAUUUUGAUUUCUGGCCGAAUCCUGAUGCGCCUGAUUUUAGACCCAGUAUGUUGCCCGAGGACAUGACUAUCGAGCAGCUGAGGGAACAGCGGAUGAAAUUCGCGGCCAUAUUCGCACCCGAUGUGAAGAAUAAAGAAGGGUUAGAUAGGCGCAGUCUUUCAAGGCUGCUACCAUACAGUGACAGACCAAUGCUCGGUCAAGCUGGAAACAGACCAUGGAUCACUGUCGUGGGCCACGACUUUCAGCGCUUUGCAGAAGAAAGCCUGCGAGCUAUGGGAACACCGAUCUCAUUGACGAUGCGCUAUUCCAACGCGCUGUGGCACCGGUACAAUCAGGGCCUCGCAAAGCUGACAGAUCCCGAGCUCAGUGAAGGGCCGUUUCAAGCAGAAGGCUGCGGUCAUUUCAUUCAAAAGGAUGAUCCGAAGUUUGUGAUCACACAUCUGUUAGAUCUCCUGGUGAAGGUCAAACGGACGACCCAUCCCAGCGGAGCGACGACAUCAUGGCUAAAAGUGUAG